ACUGUUGUCAUUGUCAAGUAGACAUUUCCCGAUUUGAGUAUAUUAUUUUUCAGUAAUCGUAAACUUUCUCCCAUAAAUAUAGUUUUAUCCGAGGAAAAAAUCGGCAAAAUUUGAUAAAAUCCGUGAUUCGGGCUUUGUUUGUGGUUUGACUCGUUGGCGGAUGAAAAGUUGUGCGCAUUGAGUCGGGAGCGAGUGACGAAAAAUGUUCUGAUAUCGACGGAAAAGUGCGACGACAAAAAGGCAGCAGCAGCAGAGUUUUGUGUUGUGGAGGAGGCUCCCUCUUUUCGGUGGCUGAGCACCACCGCGAAUUCCGAGUUCCGUGUCUUCGAGCUGCUAGCAAUUUAGAAUAGCGAAAUGUCCAAAACGGUGAAACGGCCCGCAGCGGGAAUCUAUCCGAACUGCUACAUUCCCUCCCGACUGGAGGACCGAAGGCAAAGGGCCCGGAUGCUGCGGCAAGAACGGAGACGGAAACCGGACAAGCCGGACGAUUUUGUGACGUACGAGGACAGCGACAGCGAGGAGGAAACCCCGGCCCAGCAGCACCAGGUCCUGAGCACGUCGUACAACUUUGUGGACUAUGUCCGCAGUCGGGAGUCGGAUCUGCGGGAAGUGCGCAGUGUUGAUUCGGCCUACGCCAGCAGGCACAUUCUGACGCACGAUAUGUUCAAGGAGACACCGAUCGCGCUCGGGAACAUCAAUAAGGUGUUCUGUUCGCAGUGGCUUAGUAAUCGGCAGGUGGUAUUUGGUACAAAAUGCAACAAGCUGAUGGUGUACGACGUGAACACCCGAAAGGUGGAUGCAAUCCCCACAUUGCCAAAUAGUCGAGGCGCCAGUCCAGAUACCCAGUCUGGCAUUCAUGCAUGCCAGAUUAAUCCGAGCCAUAGCUUACUGGCGACGGGAGCUCGACACUCGGCGGACAUUGCCAUCUAUAGACUGCCGACGCUGGAUCCCCUUUGCAUCGGAGAGAAUGGCCACCGAGAUUGGGUGUUCGAUAUGUGCUGGUUGGACGAUCAGUUUUUGGUGUCCGGGUCUCGCGAUACCAAAGUUGCCCUGUGGCGUAUCAACGAAGACAACAUGGAGUUCCCCGUAGUCAACAAGGAAGGCGAAGAGCAAGAAGCCGUUCCGACGUAUGCUCGAAUCACCCCGGUGGCAAUAAAGGACUGUCGGGGUGCUCAGAAGAUUCGGGCACUCUGUUUCCACAAAGAGUACCGGGAAAUAGCGCUACUUUCGCUCAACGGGUAUAUGCACCUGUUCAACGCGGAAACGUUCUCGCAGAAGCUAUCCCGGAAGCUGCCGAACUGUCAGGAGAAUGUGUGCAUCGCAUGCCAACCGAACGGUCUGUAUGCAGUAGGUUGUCGCUCGUAUACCUUACUACUUGACCCGAGGACACUGCAGGCAGUGAAAAAGAUCGCAUCUCGAUACAGUGGAUGCGGUAUUCGCUCGGCCAGUUUCCAGGGUAACAUUCUCACAAUAGGAACCGGUCUGGGGAUGUUGAUGUUCUACGACAUCCGCGCUGGAAAGUAUCUCGAAUCGCAAACCAGUGCCUCCCGCACGGUAGUGUUGAAGGCCAGCCGAGGCUAUGUAGCACAAUUUCCCGAGGAAGAGAUGGACAACUUCCAGCAAAUCAAAUACGUUCCGGCUAUCUACACGCACUGUUACGAUAGCAGCGGCACCAGACUGUUCACCGCCGGAGGGCCACUUCCGGCAACGCUCAUAGGUAACUACGCGGGCAUUUGGCAAUAGGCACGGUUCGGACGACAAACACCCAACAAUAUGAAGUGAUAAGGGAAAAAACGCUCCUUUGCAAAAGAGGAUAAAGCUAAUUUUAGUACAUAAUUUAUUUUGUUCAUACCUCUCAUACUUCACCGAAAUCUGUCCUAUUGUAAUAACAUAUUCAACAAAGGCAAAAGCUUCACAUAUCAAUGCAAAUGUAUCUAAUACUUAGAUUACUUACAAUUCAGACUGCUUCAGGCAGAGUUCAGGAUUUGGACAUUGCUUAAAUUUGAAAUAUUCGUUGCGAACGAUCAGAUAGGAACUCAAAAGCGGAAGCAGACAUGUUUCCUGAAGUAGGUACACUUCGGCGAUUUUCCGUUGGUGAAGAGGUGGAUUGGAAAUUAUGUGUACCCGUUACAACAUCGUCACCAUUUAAAUUUACAAAAUAUAAUUGACCUAUCCCACCUUUGGGACAAACAAAA